CUCCAGCGCGGCUCGGCCGGCAGCGCCGGGCACCCACCUGCCCUCCCUGCUCCUCUCCUCCUCCUCCUCCUUCUUCUUCUCCGGGACUCUCCGCUGGGAUCGGCCCCGCCGCUGGUGGUGGUGUGUUGUUGUUGGCCGGCGCGGCCACAUCGAGGAUAUUUUGGCUGCCGGCGCCUCGUUGUUUUGGACUCUCUGCUCCGUGUGCCGGUGCCGCCGCCCCGGGAGGGACGCUCAGGAGCGCCGGGAUAAUCGGGGGCCAGAUGAGUGAUUUUGGGAUCAGAAACAUGGAUCAAGUCGCUCCUGUGUCGAACAUGUACAGAGGAAUGCUCAAGCGUCAGCCGGCGUUUGACACCUUUGACGGCUCCAGUUCGCUCUUUGCUGGGUAUUUUUUCUCGCUCAACGAGGACCAAACGCUUCAAGAAGUGCCAACGGGAUUUGAUUCCACUUCUUACGAGUCCAACAACUGUGAAUUGCCUCUGUUAACCCCGUGCAGCAAGGCUGUGAUGAGUCAGGCCUUGAAAGAUACUUUCAGUGGUUUCACAAAGGAACAGUGUCGGCUGGGUAUCCCAAAUAAUCCCUGGCUGUGGACUGAACAGCAGGUUUGCCAGUGGCUUUCAUGGGCUACCAAUGAGUUUAGCUUGGCAAAUGUGAACUUCCACCAGUUUCUUAUGAGUGGCCAAGACUUGUGCAACCUGGGCAAGGAGCGUUUCCUGGAACUGGCACCUGACUAUGUGGGUGAUAUUCUGUGGGAACACCUGGAACAGAUGAUAAAAGACAGCCAAGAGAAAACACAGGAUCAGUAUGUGGAGAACUCUCACCUCACCUCUGUUCCUCACUGGGUCAACAAUAAUUCGUUAACUGUUAAUGUAGAUCAGAACUCCUAUGGAAUGCAGAUGCCUGGAUACCCUAAACCCCUCAGUUAUCCCAAACCCAACCUCCUGACUGACGUCUGUCAGACCUCCACGGCACCGAAUCUCCUCAAUCCAGAACAAGAGUUUUCAUUGUUCCCUAAAGCCCAAGCAGAUGCUGUUGGUGUGAACUACUGUGCAGUAAACCAGGAUUUCCCAAGGAACAACCUGAAUUUGCUGAUGGAUAAUUCUGGUAAGCUGAGAGAACACGAAUCCAGUGACAGUGGUGCAGAAAGCUAUGAGAGCUCAGAUUCCAUGCUGCAGUCCUGGAACAGCCAAUCUUCCCUAGUGGAUUUACAGCGUGUGCCAUCCUAUGAGAGUUUUGAGGAUGACUGCAGCCAGUCCUUGUGCCUGAGCAAACCUACAAUGUCUUUCAAAGACUAUAUUCAAGAAAGGAGUGAUCCUGUGGAGCAAGGGAAACCAGUUAUACCAGCAGCCAUCCUGGCUGGCUUCACUGGCAGUGGACCCAUACAACUGUGGCAAUUCCUGCUGGAAUUACUGACUGACAAGUCCUGUCAGUCAUUCAUUAGUUGGACAGGAGACGGAUGGGAAUUUAAACUGGCUGAUCCAGAUGAGGUGGCCCGGCGGUGGGGGAGGAGGAAAAACAAGCCCAAGAUGAACUACGAGAAGCUGAGCCGGGGCCUGCGCUACUACUACGACAAGAACAUCAUCCACAAGACGUCGGGGAAGCGCUACGUGUACCGCUUCGUCUGCGACCUCCACAACCUGCUGGGCUACACGGCCGAGGAGCUGCACGCCAUGCUGGGGGUCCAGCCGGACACCGAGGACUGAGCCCCCCUCUCCCCACCCCAGGGUGUGGGAAGACCACCUGGAGUGGAGGACUCCGUGUGUGUGUGUGGGAGAGCCCCUUCUCCCGCCCGCUCCGGCCCGGCCGCCGCUCCUGGGGGAAAUCGGGACCUUGGCGGGAGGCCCCGGAGGAGAUUUUUUUGGCCUCUAGGUGUGGAGGUCGGCACGGCUCCCCUUGGAUCUGUCGUGGAGACACGGAAAACGCUCUGGGGAUGCUCGAGGGCCGCCGUGUAAUUAAAGGGGUGGCUUUAAAAACCAAAGGUUGGGUGUGUGUGAGAGAGAGAGAGGCCGGCGGCGCAGCGCGGGCGUUGUUGUGUCGCUCGGAUGUUUUUAAGACACCGUCAACGUGGCGUCUUUAUUACGUGAAGAUUAUCCAUUUAUUUAAAAACUGCAAAAAAAAAAAGAACCCCCACCUUAAUUUAUUUGAAAGGAGCAGCGAGGAGACCGAUCAGUACUUUUUGGAUCAGUACUUUUUGUUUUUUAAAGCACGUUUUAGUAUUGUUGUUGCUGUUGUUGUUGUUGUUGUUGUUGUUACUCCAGGAAUGUGCUGCACAAGGUACACAAACACUCCCGUGGCCAAAACCAGAUGUAGCAACUGUUAACAAAAAAAAAAACAACAAACAAACAACAAACAACCCACCCUUUAAAAAAAAAAAAGGGAAGGAAAAAUCAUACCAUUUCAAUACUCAGUUUGUACAUAUUCUGUGAUUCCUUUGGAAACUCUGAUGUUCCUAUUUAACAGAUCCUGUAUAGUGUAAAUUAAACUAAUUGUAUGUGUGGUUUUGAAAUAGGAUGAAUGUAAACUUAUCAGAUGUGGGUUCUGUUGGGGUUUUUUUUUUCAUAUUUGUCUAGGAUCUACAACCUUCUGCAAAUAUUUAAUUGGCCUGAGAGACAACAGAAGUGCUCAGUAUGCAUGAAUAUUUUGGGGGGGGGGGGAGGGAGGGGCUGGCUCAGGGUUUUGCCAAAGCUGGCAAUUCUUUGUGCAUUUUGGCAUUUUUACAGGAAACUAAUGUUGUAUUCUGGGACAUAAAAGGGCCUGUUUGUGGUUUCUUCUAUAACCGAAAGUGAAAAUAUGAAUAUGGAUAAAAUUACCUUUUUUUUUUUCUUUGUAAAUGGCAUAUGUUUUUUCAACUUCUAUGCAUGUACUUUUAAACAACAACAACAAAAAAUUUAUAUACAAGCCUUAUUUUUUCAGUUCACUUGUCUCUUCUUCCUGCAGUUUAUUCUGUAUGAUUAAAAUAUGAAUUCUAUUUUUGGAAAUAACUGUGACUCCUUUUCAAAGAUCAGGAGGGUUUUAUGUAGCAGCUAUUUUUACUGCAAAAAAAAAAAAAAGGAAAAAAAUCACUGGAAAAACGUACUUUGUAAGAAAGCUUUAUUUUUUAUCUGAGCUUGAUGUACAUUUAAAUGUGUUGUACAGUGUGAGAGGUUUAAAAAAUAUGAGUCUUCAUUAAAACCUCUUGAAAAGAAAA